AUGCGUCUGUCGUCAAUCCUCGCUGGAGUAGCUUUGCUCUCUGCUUCGUCCUCGCAGGCACUGAACAUCCUUCUCAACAACGACGAUGGAUUCGGUUCGGCGAAUCUGCGCGAGACAUACCGUCUGCUCAAAGGAAAAGGCCACAACGUCUGGAUUGUUGCACCUGCGACGAAGCAGAGCGGAAAAGGCGGUUCUUCGGAUUUCACCACCGAGGGGAACUUGACUGAGCCGUCGAUCUAUGAUUUGAUUCCCAAAGGAGCACCAUCUGUUGGAAGUGAUCCCAAGGAUAGCCAGAUCUGGUAUUACAAUGGCACCCCGGCAGCGUGUACCUUCGUGGCUCUUGACUACGUCCUCCCUCGUUACGCCAACUUCAGUGUUCCUGAUCUCGUCGUCACGGGCCCCAACUUUGGAACGAACCUGGGCGGUUUCGUGUGGACUUUGUCCGGCACAGCCGGUGCUGCAUAUGCUGCUACGCACCGCGGUAUCGCCGCCAUCGCAAUCUCAGCAAGCAACCAGGAAACCCCGUACACAGAGUUAACAAACCGCACAAACCCCGCUACAUGGGCCGCCGAAGCCGCGGUGAAGUUCGUCGACAGCUUCAUCUCCACGGCACCCAAGACUGGCCCUCUCCUGCCCACUGGCUAUGGCGUCAAUGUGAACAUCCCCGUGCUUACCAAGAAGGACCACGAUCCGGAUUUCGUCCAGACGAGGUUCACGGGGAACGCGCAUGUCAAUGAGGCUGUGCUUGACAAAGAGAAGGGUACGUUUACGUGGGCAAACAUCAAGCCUUAUGCUGCGGGUGUGAAUGCUUGCAUUAACGGGGACUGCUCUCUUCCUGGUGAGACGUAUGUUGUUGAGAAUGGGAAGGCUUCGGUGUCGUUUUACACGGUUGAUCAUUCGGCGCCUAGUACAGCUUACACGCAGUCUCUCAUCAAGCGAGUUGCGUCGUUUAUAAAGUGA